GUCAAUAUUACACGAUUGUAGCAAAAGUUACUAGUUAGUGACAAUAAUGUCUCUUUAUUCAUAUAUCGGUGCAUUAACUGUAGCUAUUAUUUCUUACACGGUGUACCAAAAGUAUAUUAAUUAUAAUACUAGUAUUGUAACCAAACCCGAUAAACAUUAUGAUUAUAUUGUGGUAGGCGCUGGAACUGCGGGUUGUGUGAUAGCGGCUAGACUUUCAGAGGAUCCAAAUGUGAAGGUGCUGCUUAUAGAAGCUGGAGGUCAUAUGGGAUACUUCACCAAUAUACCUCUAACAGCUACUGCUGCACAACAGGGUCCAAAUGAUUGGUCUGUUCGCGCUAGACCUCAGAAGUAUUCGUCUUUCGGAAUGUGGGAUCAGACUCCAAUUUUACCUCGAGGAAAGGGCCUUGGUGGCUCUGGUCAGAUCAACUUUCUCCUUCAUGGAUUCGGUCUUCCUGAAGAUUAUAACAGAUGGUCGCGCCUUGGCUUCGAAGGGUGGACUUUCAAAGACCUAAAACCAUAUUUCAUGAAGGCCUUCGGAACAACUGAAAGCGAAUUUGAAUCCCCGUGUUUAUCUGCUGGUUAUUGUGAUGAGACAAAGGCUCCAAUGCAACUAAAACUCGUACAGGAUUACGAGCUAACGUCAAUAUUCAAGCGCGCUUCCUCUCGAUUGGCGGACAGAUACACGCUGUUUCGGCGCGCGACCGCUGCCGUACGCGACGGGCGGCGACAUCAGGCGUACAACGCGUACUUGAAACCAGCGUUGAAUAGACCCAACUUGCAUGUUAUGUUAAAGACGCAGGCCAUAUCGAUAAGGUUUGACAACAACGUCGCAUCAUCACUGUAUUUAUUAGCAGACCACAAGUAUCUGAACAACAUAUUUGUGAAAAAGGAAAUAAUUUUGUGCGCUGGUGCUAUCAAAACUCCACAGAUAUUGAUGCUAUCCGGGAUAGGGCCUAGGGAUUUAUUAAAAAGACUCAAAAUCCCUCCAGUAUCAGAAAACAACCACGUGGGUAGAAAUCUUCAUGACCACAUGAACGUUCCAAUAUACGUAAGCAUCAAGAAACCGAUCAGCGUCACGCUCGCGAAAGUUUUCACUUUGUCUACAGCUUGGGAUUAUUACUGGAAAGGAGAAGGGUUGCUAUCAUUCCCACCAGUAGCGGGCGUCGAAUAUAAAAAUACAUCCGCCCUAAUGCUUUUUGCAAUGGGAUCCACAAGUGAACGACUGUUGCGGGACCUCUCUAAUUAUAACCCACAGGUCAAGGUGUUCCGCGACUCGUUCCCAUUCCACAACGACACAAGCAAGGAAGGGUUCGUGUUCCUUGCGGCUUGCAUCCAGCCCAGGAGCAGGGGUAGUGUCACGCUGCGCGACACCAGCACCACCGUGCCUGUGGUGGUCAAUCCGAAUUACUUGCAUCAGGAUUGGGACGUCAAGUGCAUGGUUAGAGCUGUUCGCAGAGCAGAAAGGCUGGUCACCACCAAGCCAUUCAAGGAGAUAGGUGCAAGGAUACACUGGCCUCGGCUCGAGAGGUGCUUGAGCUUCUGGCAGUACUCCAAGCAGGAUCAGAUCGGUCUACAGAGACGGAGGAAAAAAUUGAAGUCUCAAACAACAGAGAAGCCAAAACCAAGACCAAGCCCACCAAACGAGUACCUAGAAUGCUUAGUUCGAGAAAUAGCAGUGACGGGUCAUCACGUAAGCGGGACUGCAGCCGGUGGUACUGUGGUGGACAACGAGCUCAGAGUAAAAAACGUCACGGGACUUCGAAUAAUGGAUGCCAGUGUGUUCCCAUCGCCGAUAUCCUUGUACCCAAAUUCAGUCAUCAUAGGAAUGGCGGAAAAAGCUGUGGAAUUGAUCCGGAGUAACGUGUGACUGUUAAUAUACUUAUGAAUAUAUUGUAGUUUCAUUUCAA